AUUCGGACAUUUUUGAUUAAGAAAAUAAUGAACUGCUAAAAAGUAAAGCAAUGUUACAUUAGGUAGUAUUUUAAAAGUACAAACACUUCGGCGGUAAGGAGCAGCUUGUAUUAUUCUCUGGAAGAGGUGCGUCACUGAAUUGUAAUCAUGCCUUUGGUGAUGCGCAACAUUGAGCCGCGGCACCUGUGUCGCCAGACUCUACCCACGGCAGUAAAGAGCGAGCUGGAGUGUGUGACGAAUGUCUCACUAGCUAAUAUCAUCCGUCAACUUGGUUCUCUCAGCAGGUUUGCAGAGGAUGUGUUUGGUGAGCUGUUCAUUGAGGCUAGCAAGUUUGCAGAAAGGAUGAACACCCUUGGCGAAAGAGUGGACAAACUGCAAGUCAAAGUCACUCAGUUGGAUCCUAAAGAGGAAGAGGUGUCUUUGCAGGCAAUCACCACUCGAAAGGCUUUCCGCUCCAGUCUGAUUCAAGAUCAGCAGCUCUUUAUUCGGCCCUCGCUGCCUCAGCCAGUGCAGGAGACUUACUUGACCUGCAAUCAGCCACCACCACUUAACAUUCUCAGUGUUUACAGGGAGGAUGGAAAGGAGGCCCUGAAGUUCUACACUGACCCAUCCUAUUUCUUUGACCUUUGGAAAGAGCAGAUGAUUCAAGACACCAAAGACAUAAUGAAGGAAAGACGGAAGCACAAGAGGGAGAAAAGAGAAAACCCGAAUCGCAGCAACCUUAACCCUCGCAAGAUUAAAACUCGCAAAGAUGAGUGGGAACGCAAAAAGAUGGGAGAAGAGUUUGUUGUGCCAAAACCCGAUGCCCUCCAUCCUGACGGUAUGAAUGGCAGCUUUGACUCAGGUGAAGAUGUGGGUAUGAUGGAUUCUGACAGUAAGCUAGACCAGAGUACUGCUUCCUACAGUUAUGAUAUGGACUCUCCUCUUCCACCACCCAUUUUGGAUGAUUUCUUGCCACCUCCUCCAGAGGAUAUGACGUGCAAUGAUGUACCAGGUGUCAACUCACCUCAGAGGCCAAUCAGCGCAAUAAGCCCUAGCUAUCCUCCUCCAGCUCCCCCAGCACUGACUUCUCCUGUUGGUCGCCCUUCAGUGGCCCCACCUGUAGCCCCACCUCCUCCUCCACCUAUGGGAAUGCCUCCUCCACCUCCCUCUGGGUUUGAUGCUUCUCCUUCUCCUCCCCCUCCUGCCUUUUUCCCUGGUCCUACGUCUAUCCCUCCACCGCCACCUAUGCUCUCCAAUAUUCCAUCACCUCCUCCUGUUUCUGGAGGGGGUGGACCCCCACCUCCUCCACCACCACCUCCACCACCAGGCCCCCCACCACCAUCCUUUGCUCCAUCUGCUCCAGCACCUCCUCCUGCAGGGCCUCCAGUUUCCGCUGCCCCUAAGGCCCAGCCUGCACAGGUCAGCGAUGGUCGAAGUGAUCUCCUGGCAGCCAUUCGCCAAGGAUUUAACCUGCGUAAAGUGGAGGAGCAGAGAGAGCAGGAGACGAGAGACUAUGUGGGCAACGAUGUGGCAGCUAUCCUGUCCCGGCGUAUUGCUGUGGAGUGCAGUGAUUCCGAAGACGACUCCUCAGAGUUAGAUGAUGAGGAGUGGUCCGAUUAAGACUACAAAACAUAUCAGAAAAUUUAUUUUAUAGGCCUUGUACUUCUUGAAUGACGUAUUUCCCUUUAAUGAGACAGACUACAGUGUAUGGUAAAGAGGGCUGUGUGCACUCAAGCAUGCAUGACUGAAUAAUUUAGGUGAUUAGGCUGCUCCUAUUUCAGAGUGCCAUUUUUCUGUAAAGCUUUGUAUAAGUAAAUUGAACCAGAGCGUUUUCGCCUUGUUGCAUCUCUGUAUUAUAGCUGCAAAAACCUUUAUUAAUCAACUAAAGCUUUGCUGCUUUUUUAGACCAAAGCCAAGUCAUUAUGUAUUUAGAUGUAUUGUAAGUCAGUACUUAAAUAGUUACCACAAUUAUUUUGUUGCAUUUGUCGGCUAUGUGUUGUUAGGGCAUUGGACCAUCUAUAGAACACUCAUUCCCAGAAUGAGAGACACAAGUCUGUUAAACUAAAUUCCUUUACUUUUUUAUGCCCUGUUGCCUUAGUAAUUGAUCUUUCUUUAUUUAUGUGUCUGCAAUGUAUCUGUUCUCUGACCUCAGUGCCUGUACUGGCAUUAUGGCAUUUUGUUUGGUGGUUUUCCUUCUUCUGUCCUUUUGCUGCUGUCACCCUCUCAGGUGUGUUCGUGUAUACCAAAGUAACAUGAGCAAAAAGGCUGGAAACGUGUUCCUGUACCAUUAACAUUUAUUAUGCUUGACAACAUUAGCUCCAUGUCUAGCAAGAUCCACUAAUGCCUCAUUUGCGGCACAUGCACAUGGUCUUCAUGGAGAUCCAGUUUUAUUGUAUUCUUUAUCGGUCCUAAAGUGCCUGCUUUAUUUUUGCUUUAAGUGCCUAUUCUUUUUAUGAAUUAUGCAAUAUUUUGUAAUCAGUCGUUUUUAUUUGGUACAUUUGGUUAUAAUUAAGGAUCUUUUCUAUCAGCGGUUUAAUUAAAUAAAUUUCUCAAGCCCAAA